AGGGAGGGAAAGAGAAAGAGAGAGAGAGAAACAGAGCAAGGUCUGUUGACCACAGAGGCUGGCUGAUCUUUCCUCUGUCCUUCAUCCAUGGCCAAACGGUGCUGACUUCCUCCAUUCGCUCUCAGCAAAGGGACGGAAAGACGGAAGGAGAAAAGAAGAAAAGCGGAAACAGUUGCACGGUGGCUUCCGGGAACGCAUGGGCGAGCUGAAGCCCUGGAGCUGUUACUGCUGGAUGGGCAAGUGCUGACAAAACAAGGCGAGGGAGGGACACUCGAGAGACACGGACGCAUGCAGAUCUAAGAUUCCUCCUUCUUUUCCUUCCCCAAAGACCUUGCCCUCUUGUUCGGCGUUCGAAGCCCCAUGCUCUCUUUCGAAACUGACGCAAGAGCGUACGUGGAAGCGAGAAGAUCCGAGCCCGGGUUUCCCAACAGGACCGAAAGGGUGUGUGCGUGUGCGUCUGCAUGUGAGAGAGAUAGAGGGGACUUCCUUGAACUUUGAUCCUUCAUAGGGAGGGCUGAAAGAAAACUCUGUUUAUCAUUAGCAGGCUUUGUCUCCUUUCCUUUCCUGGUAGCUUUGAAUGUGAAGAUUUAUUGCGACUGGAUUCUUGUAGUAGUUCUGGACAUGUGUACUUUAUUUGUUCAGGUUUUACUGUAACCACGGAAGAGCAGAAAUUAACGUUCUGGUUGUGAUUAUGUUUUUUUUUUUUUGUUGAUGUUUUGACUGUGUUCUUUUUUAAAUAGUGGGAACAGAGUUCGCUAGCGCUGCAAAACACACAGCAAGAACUGGUUUGACUUGUUAGUGACCUGUGGGCAGGGCAACUGUCUCAUGCACUGCUCCUGAAGCAGCACAAGGCUUUUAAUGCUCUCUGGCUGUAAUGAGGCAUUUCGGUUCUUCUUAAAAGGUGCUUUACUUUUGCCCCAGUUUCGGAUUUGCGGGGCCGUGCAUGUUUAUGUGUAAUUUAUAGUUUCCUGUCAAAGGGGCAGGCUGUAUGUUAUUCGCUCUUGACUGAAUUCUGAACCACUUGGUGAAGCAGACGUUCAUCAAGAGCCCUGGAGGAUUAUAAUUUUUUUUAUUAUUAUUAUCUUAAACUAAGUUUUAAAAUCACUAGGAUUACAGAAAACAUUCGCUGACUUUCUUAAAAGCCCGAUUUCGAAUUUAGGCCGUGCGAACGUUUGAGGACCUUGAGUCACUGUUUACUUUUCGCCUUAAACACUCGAGAAGCUUGAGGUUAAUGUCUGCAGUGUGAACUGUUACCCGCACUCGAAAGCAAGACUGAAUACUCACUGCUGGGAGAGGAUUUCUUGAAGAAGAAGAAGGGAAAAAAAGCCCUGGUGGUGCACACAGCGAUGGCCAUGGUGGGUGGGGGAUGGGGCAACCCUAAUGGGAGCACCAAUGGCCUGGGGGAGAAGGGCUACCUGCGGGGGGAGGAGGACGAGAGCUCUCCCCAGGCAGGGAACAGCGAUGCCGAGGGUGGAGAGGAUGACAAGGCCUGCGUGGUGGACUGCGUGGUGUGCGGCGACAAGUCCAGCGGGAAGCACUACGGCGUCUUCACCUGCGAGGGCUGCAAGAGCUUCUUCAAGAGGAGCAUCCGUCGCAACCUCAGCUACACGUGCAGAUCAAACCGAGAAUGUCAGAUUGACCAACAUCAUCGCAACCAGUGUCAGUACUGCCGUCUGAAGAAAUGCUUUCGUGUGGGCAUGAGAAAAGAAGUCCAGCGUGGACGCAUUCCUCCAUCACACUCAGGAAUCAGCCCAACCUCUAUGGUCUCAGUCGGUGGAGGAGGGCCAGGAGGACCGGGCAUGGCCGGUGACUUUUUCAACGGUCAGCCAGCGCCUGAGCUUAUCUCACAGCUCCUGAGAGCUGAACCAUACCCCAACAGUCGCUACGGUGCUCAGUGUGGUCAACAGUUGCCUGGAGGCCACGGAUCUGUCAUGGGCAUCGAUAGUAUUUGUGAGCUGGCUGCCCGACUUCUCUUCAGCACCAUUGAGUGGGCCCGGAACAUUCCCUUCUUUCCUGACUUACCUGUCUCGGAGCAAGUGGCCCUGCUGCGCCUCAGCUGGAGCGAACUGUUCAUCCUGAAUGCAGCACAAUCAGCCCUGCCCCUACACAUGGCCCCAUUGCUGGCUGCCGCUGGCUUCCACGCUUCCCCCAUGUCUGCCGAGCGUGUCGUCUCUUUCAUGGACCAGGUGCGAGUCUUCCAGGACCAGGUGGAUAAGCUUACACGACUACAGGUGGACUCUGCUGAAUACAGCUGCCUCAAAGCCAUAGCCCUCUUUUCACCAGAUGCAUGUGGACUGACAGAUCCAGCCCAUGUCGAGAGUCUGCAGGAGAAGGCUCAGGUGGCUCUGACUGAAUACGAACGCAUUCAGUAUCCGACUCAACCGCAGCGCUUCGGUCGCCUCCUUCUCCGCCUGCCCUCUCUCAGAGCUGUCCCCGCAAACCUCAUAUCUCAGCUCUUCUUCAUGCGACUGGUGGGCAAGACACCAAUCGAGACACUCAUUCGAGACAUGCAGCUCUCUGGCAGCUCCAUCAGCUGGCCGUACGUGCCUGGACAGUAGCUGGGUCGGACACCCUGCAAGCAGAUGGCAGUCAGCCACUCAAAACUUUGACUUUCGUGUUCUGUGUGGGCUUUUAGGAUUGUGAUAUGUAAUUUCCUUUUAGGGUGCUGCAAGAUUAUUCAUGUUGUGUUGCAGCAUCUCAUUGCUCAUUAGUGUACAUGGAGAAGGAUGGCCAAAGGUCAAUAUGCUGUCACAUGUCCUUGGGCAGAUGAAUAGUGUCACUUGAUUUUGGGAUACCUCAGGUUUUUUACGUAAAAUAGCAGAACUUAUAGAGGUGACUCUAUUGUAAAUGCAUAAGCACAGUGACAGAUCGUUGACAAAAAUUAUGUCUAGUGAAAGAAAAGACAAUACAUUUAAGGCAUUGCAUUCAGAGAUGACUAUCUCAACGCUGUGAUAUAUGACUGAUCCAGGUCCAGCUUUAAACAAUUACAGGAACGUUCCUGCUAUACCUAAGAAGAAUUACUAUUUCAGUUAUAACAAUUGAUUAUGUAGUUUAGACAAAUUAACCUACUCAUGAAGGUAAUGCCAUGGACUGCAGUGCUACUUACUUGAGAAAUCAGUAGUGAAUAUGUAUUGUAAAAUGUGAUGGUCACAUUGUUUAAAAAAAGCUCUGUGUACUCUUACGUAAUUGGGUCCAAAUAGUUUUUUCACAUUGUCGGCCAUGAAAAAAAAAUCCAAUAUUUUUGCAUACGAAUAAUUAAAAAGCAUUCAUCCAAACACUCUGAACAUUUUGUGCUGAAAUUCUGACUGGACUUUUUUAAAAUAUAGUUUUAUAGAACUAUUCCAUCAUAGGUCACAUGGUUUUAUUCAAGAUUUAGUUAAUUAUCAUGAAACGCAGAUAUUUAUGUCCAAAUAUUUUAGGUAUACACUUACCAAGCACUUCUUUAGGUACGGCUUGCUGAGUUAAUACUGGGUUGGACACCAUUUUGCCUUCAAAGUCUUAUUUCAUUAUGGCAUAGAUUCAACUGCAAGCAUUCAUCAGAAUUUUUAACAACAUGCAGUUGCGGCAGAUUUGUUGACUGCACAUCCCAAAGGUUUUGUUGGAUUAAGACCUGUUGAGUGUGGAUAUUCAUUGUCAUAUCCAAAAAAACCAGUAUACGGUUAUUUUAGCUUUUAGAGACAUGGCACGCUAUGCCGUGGUGUCAAAGGGAUGAGUGGUGCUCAGUUGGUAUUUAAGGGCCAAUCUGCCAAUAGCCUGACUGGUUGAUAUAAGGCAAGAUAGACCCAUGUUUUCAUUUUUGCAGCAGACUCUGACCCUACAACUCGAGAUGCAUCAGACCAGGCAACGUUUUUCCAAUCUUCUAUUUUCCAAUUUUCAUCACGACAAUGUUGUUGGAGUCAUUGUCUCACCGUCUAUACCACUUUAUCCUGUAUAAAGGGUUGCGGGGGCCCAGGAGCCUAUCGCGGGAGACUUAGGGCACUAGGCAGGGUACACUUUGGAUGGGGAACCAAUUAAUCUUAUCUGCAUGUCUUUGGACUGUAGGAGGAAACCGGAGGAAACACACCAAACACGGGAAGAACAUGUAUCCUCCAUGUCCGCCUCUUGACAAUGCCUAAAUGCUUUUAGUCACUAUGAUGUAAUUAACUGAUUAGAUAUUUGCGUUAAUGAGCAGCUGAACAGGUGUACCUAAUGAAGUGGCUGGUGGGUGUAAAUUAUUCAUAAAAACUGAAGAGCUAUUUUUUAUUCAAACUAAAAUUAUUUUGCUUUCUUUUUAUUUGGUAGUUUAAAUUAUUUUAAAA